CGAGUAGAUGCAUAGAAUAGUACGAUGAUGUAAUUACUAUCUCUCUGACAUCCUUUUUUUUGUUGUUUUAAGUGGAAAAAUGUGGAAGUUGAAGACAGGAGAAGGAAAUGGAGAAGAUGAUCCGUAUUUGAUGAGCACUAACAACUUCGCCGGUCGGCAAAUAUGGGAGUUUGAUCCAAAUGGUGGUACGUCGGAGGAGCGAGUAGCCGUCGAGGAGACUCGCCAGAGUUUCUACGAUAAUCGCCAUCGGGUUAGAGCUUCCAGUGAUCUUUUAUGGCGCAUGCAAUUUCUCAAGGAGAAGAAAUUCGAGCAAGUAAUCCCGCCAGUGAAGGUCGACGAUGCUGAGAAAAUCACGAACGAAGCAACGACCAAUGCAUUACGAAGAUCCGUUCACUAUUUCUCGGCGUUGCAAGCCAGCGAUGGUCACUGGCCGGCUGAAAUCACCGGUCCACUCUUCUACGUUCCUCCCAUCGUAAGACACCUUGAGGAGAUAUUCACUGAAGAGCAUCGUAAAGAGAUGCUUCGAUAUAUCUAUUGUUACCAGAAUGAAGAUGGUGGAUGGGGAUUGCAUAUAGAAGGCAAGAGCGGUAUGUUUUGCACUGCGAUGAACUAUAUAUGUUUGCGUAUUCUUGGAGAAGGUCCAGAUGGAGGGCCAAAUAAGGCGUGCAAGCGAGCCCGGCAAUGGAUUCUUGAUCGUGGUGGUGUGACAUACAUACCUUCUUGGGGGAAAUCUUGGCUUUCGAUACUCGGAAUCUAUGAUUGGAGUGGAACCAACCCAAUGCCUCCAGAGAUGUGGCUGCUACCUUCUUUUCUUCCGAUACAUCUUGGGAAAACUACGUGCUUUUGCCGACUGGUUUACUUGGUUACGUCUUACUUUUAUGGGAAGAAAUUUGUUGGUCCAAUAACACCUCUUAUUCUGCAACUUCGGAGAGAACUCUACUUACAUGCUUAUGAAGAAAUCAAUUGGAAUACAGCACGACGUCUAUACGCAAAGGAAGACAUUUAUUAUCCCCAUCCUUCAGUUCAAGAUUUGGUAUGGGACAGCCUUCACAUGUUCGCGGAGCCUUUCCUAACACAUUGGCCACUGAACAAGCUUGUGAGAGAAAAAGCUCUUGGGGUAGUGAUGAAAUACAUACAUUAUGAAGAUGAAAAUAGCUGUUAUAUCAACAUUGGGUGUGCUGAGAAGGCAAUGUGCAUGCUUGCUUGUUGGACUGAAGAUCCAAACGGGGAAUAUUUCAAGAAGCAUCUCGCUAGAGUUCCAGAUUACCUGUGGAUUGCUGAAGAUGGGAUGAAAGUGCAGAGUUUUGGAAGUCAACUAUGGGACACAACACUUGCAAUUCAAGCUAUAAUUGCAUGUAAUCUCUCCAGCGAAAUCCCCAAUGUACUCAUGAAAGGACAUGAUUUCAUUAAGAAAUCUCAGAUUAGAGAAAACCCUUCGGGCGAUUUCAAGAAGAUGCACCGCCACAUUUCUAAAGGAGGAUGGACUUUUUCUGAUCGAGAUCAGGGAUGGCAAGUUUCAGAUUGUUCAGCUGAAGCGUUAAAAUCUUGUCUAUUGCUCUCAAUGAUGCCACCUGACGUUGUUGGCCCAAAAAUGGAUCCUGAGCAACUAUAUGAUUCCGUGAACCUUUUACUAUCUUAUCAGAGUGAAAAUGGAGGUAUGACGGCAUGGGAACCCGCCCGUGGAUAUGGAUGGUUAGAAUUGUUCAACCCCACAGAGAUUCUGGCUGAUCUUGUAGUCGAGCGUGAGUACGUUGAAUGUACAUCAUCGGUCAUCCAAGCAUUGGUCAUGUUCAAAAAACUAUACCCAGAUCACAGGACCAAAGAGAUCGAUGUGACCAUUGAAAAAGCGUUGAAUUUUAUAGAAAGCACACAAGAGGCAGAUGGUUCAUGGUAUGGAAGUUGGGGAGUUUGCUAUACAUAUGCAACAUGGUUUGCUCUUGAAGGUUUAGCAGUAGCUGGUAAAACAUAUGACAAUUCUUUGGCUAUGCGUGAAGGUGUUCGUUUCCUUCUGACGAAACAAAACAACAAUGGAGGUUGGGGAGAAAGCUAUCUGUCUUGCUCUGAAAAGAGAUACGUAGCGUUAGAAGGAGAAAGAUCAAACUUGGUGCAAACUGCCUGGGCAAUGAUGGGUCUGAUUCACACGGGACAAGCUGAGAGAGAUCCAAUGCCUCUUCACCGUGCUGCGAAACUAAUCAUCAAUUCACAAUUAAAAAAUGGAGAUUAUCCUCAACAGGAAAUGACAGGAGUGUUCAUGAAGAACUGUUUUCUGAACUAUGUUACCUACAGAAACAUCUUCCCCAUAUGGGCACUUGCAGAGUACCGUAAAGUUGUUAGCUUUGUAACUCCUUAAGAUUCUUAGUUAUACCCAUUCAUAAUCAAGUUUAAGGAUUUUUUCUUCUUUUGAGUGGUAUGUACUGUGAAGUAGACGAUCUUGAAAACUCUGUUUUUCGUUUUAAAUAAAAGUUUUUGCACUGU